AUGGAGAUCAAACUUGCUAGUCAUGAACAUUCCAUGCAGUAUCAUUGUUUUCAUGAGACUGAUGAUAUAUUGUGUGAUAAAUGCAGCAAGAAAAUCUGUGGCGCAGCCUAUGCUUGCCUGAGUUGCCAACUUUGGCUGCACGAAUCAUGCGCCAAAGCCCUGGAACAUCUGCCUCGUGAGAUUACACAUCCUCUCCACUCGCAGCACCAUCUUAUAUUGGAUUGGUCUGGUAUUACUAAUGAAUUCAUCUGUGAUAUAUGCUUGAAAAUAUCUUCUGGCACCAAUUAUGUUUGCUGUCGUUGCGAUUUCGAGCUUGAUUUAGUAUGCGCCUUUUCGGCUCAUGAUGAUCAGCAAGCUAUGAAGAAGAAGGAGAGAUCUAGUGCAGACAGCGAUAAACAGAUAAUUCAGCAUUACUGCCAUAGGGAUCCGCUGGUCCUCUACAAGCAUAGCAGCAAAGAAGGAAAUGAUUCUAAUUGUAGUUGGUGUGACAAGCCUCUAACAGGUAUUUUCUAUGGUUGUAAAGGAUGUCGGUUCUUCCUUCAUGAGUUUUGUACCAAUAAGAUACCAAAAACAUUGAACCAUCCUUUUCAUCCAUCGCACCCUCUUCGCUUGCACUUUGUGGAUAGCAACACUAAUUGCAAUGCUUGUACACAACUUAUUCGACAAAGAACAGCUUCCACCUACAGCUAUUGUUGCCAAGAAUGCAACUUCAACCUUGAUUUUGACUGUGCAAAACUCUUUCCCACCCUUAAACAUGAGUGCCACGACCACUAUCUCACUUAUUUUGGUCUCAAUAAUUUCAAGGAUAAAAUUAUCAAGUACUACUUGGGAUGCAAUACCUGUCAUGAGCUUUGUUUGGAUAGUCUUUAUCGAUGUGUACAAUGUGAUCUAAAUCUCCAUCUCAAAUGUGUUCCAAUACCACCUAUAGCUGAACAUGGAUACCACACCUGUCAUCAGCUUGUUCUUGAAAAUUCAAUCAAAGAAGAUGAUUUUGGAGAAUAUUACUGUGAUAUUUGUGAGGAAGAACGAGAUCCAACACAUCAAGUUUAUUAUUGCAAAAAGUGUACAUAUAUUACUCAUAUUCAGUGUGUGCUCAAUAAGGAUAAAACUUCAGCAGGAAAGGUCUCAUCCUCAGCUCCCGAAUCCAUCGAUAGCGAAGCUUUUGUAGAGAAGGAAAUGGAAGAAUUUGGAACAAUUGAUGACCAUCUUCAACAAACUCUGGUUCGACCUCUUAUCCAUGAACACCCAUUGAAAUUCUGCGAGGCGACUGAAAAGUUUGAACACCAAUAUUGCAGAGCUUGCCGUUUGACACUUAGUGGUCCAGGCUACAUCUGUGAAGAAUGCCCUCUCUACAUUCGUGGUUAUUAUCUACAUGAUAAAUGCUCUCAUUUACCCAGUGAGAUACAACACCCUCUUCACUCCCACCAUGGUCUCAACCUCUAUACCAGACCUCCUCAUAUGGUAGAUUUCAUUAUAUGUGAUGAGUGCGGAGACAUUUCCCCUGGCUUCAUUUAUCUUUGUGAGGAGUGUGAUUUCAAGCUUGAUGUGAAGUGUGCGAUGCGAGCAGUUCCUAAAAGUGAACUCUCUACAUUGAAAGAGGCAGAGAGGGAAACCGAGUUAUUCCAUUUCAGCCACAAGCAUAAGCUACUCUUUUGCAAUUUUAGGGACCCUACAUAUAAAAGACAGUGCAGUUUCUGUCGACUGCAAAUCUUUGGUCCAACUUACUACUGCUUUCGCUGUGGUUGGGUUCUUCAUGAAUCUUGUCUUAAAUUACCACAAGUGAUGCAAGUCCCAAUUCAUCCUCAGCACAUAUUGGCUUUGAGCUACGCGAGAUAUGGAUUUUGUCAUGCUUGUGCACUAAAGCUUUUAUCAGCUGGCUAUAGCUAUAGCUGCGAAGAGUGUUACCUUAGCUUUCAUAUUACAUGUGCUGAUUCCCUAAGACGGGCUCUGAAACGUGACUCUCACAUGCACGAUCUUUACUAUUUUGGAACAGAGUUUCAACGGUUCUUCGCCAUGUACUCUGACUUCAUUGAUAUCUUCGCUGGAUAUUUUUGUAGUCAUUGUGGCGAAAUUUGUAGUGGACAAGCCUUCUACCGCUGUCUAGAGUGUCACAUCAAUUUUCAUCUAGAAUGUGUGACCCUUCCUCAAAUUGUGAAAUCUAAAAGCCAUGUUCAUCCUUUAAUUUUCAAAGACUCAUUCAUCGAAGAUGAUUUGGGAGAAUAUUAUUGUGAUGUUUGCGAAAAAGAAAGACAUUCCAAUGAUCAUAUAUAUUACUGUGAAGAAUGUCAAGGACUAUUUGUGACUCAUAUAGAAUGUGUGAUUCUCAAGGAAGAAGAAGUACUGUCUUACUUGGUUCCAAGGGAGAGGAAGAAGAGAACGAGGAAGCCAUACUUGGCUUGGCGGAGGUAAAUUGCAGAUCUUCAGAAAGCAAUUGAUCAUGAGGAAUAAUUACAGGGCAUAUGAUUAAUUACCAUUAAUUGAAACUCUAAUAAGAAAUGUCCGUAAUGAUACUACUAUUAUAUAUACAAGGAUGAUAUUGCAUUUCCUUUUCAAAGUUAAAACUGAUUUUCAACAUAUCAGCUGUCAAAACUCGACUCUACUAUAUAGCAAGGGUAAUUGCAGCAUUCCUAUGGCUGAUGUUGAAGCAAUUUCUUG